UCCUCGCCGCCGCCAUUCCAAAUCCUCUCGGGAUACUGGCCAAAUCCACUUAGGUUUUUCCCCAUCCACCCAAAUGGCAGCCUCCACCUCCCCUCCCGAUUCACCUCCAUCGAUCCCAACACCACCAAGCCACCCCGGCGGACCUCGCUGGAGCUCCUUCCUUUUCCCCCUCUGCCCGAGCGCGCCCGUCCUCGCAGCCCCGCCGUGCCAGCUUCAACGCCCGCCUCCUCGACUACCUCGCGACGGCGACCUCGACAAGCUGCCGCCACCGGUGACCGAACCAGCAGCAACAUCGUCUCUCCUCCUCCGCUACCCCGAGCGUCCCUCUUGAGGCCCUGCUUCCUUGCGCUCCGUCGUCGCCCCGCUCGUCCAAGCCUCCUAUGUUCGCCGUUAUGGAUGCUGCCAUCCGAGCUCCUCAAGCCGACACCGUCCAGGGUCCCAACGACCUCGCCGUCCUGGCCUCCUCUGUCGUGCUGGUGAGCGCGACGCUGGAGCAUCGCAGGUCGCCGUGCCUCUGCCCAUCCUUCUCCUCCUCUCAUUCCCUCGCGUCUGUCUCUCCCUCUAAUUUCUCUCUUAUGCCCAGGGAGCCACCACCCGCGUCGCCGGAUUUCGCUGCCUUAGCCUCGGAUCCGUCCAUCUUCUCCGUUCCUCGCCUCUCCGCCUCCUGCCGUCCCUAUUGCCAUUGGACUGCGCCGCUGCAGGAGGUCGCCCCGUCACGGCCUUGCCUCCGGCCAGAACCACCUGCCCUCGAUGCCUCUUGCUUGGAUCCAGCCGUCCCCGAAGCCAAGUGCCGCCGAUGACCUCCAUCUCCCUGCAUCGCACCUAGGCCCGCGCCACCUCCUUGUUUCGCUCUUGCACGAGCAAGACGACGGGCGCCUGAUCGAUCCGGAUGCACCGGUUGACCGCGAGGUUGACUGGGCCACGACCAUGUCGUGGCUGCAAGGCCCAGCGCCCUCCUGUACUUUGCCAUCGCCGUGGGCCGCCAGAUCCGCCGGCCUGUUCCACUGACUGGGCCUUGGCCCAUGGUGAGACACCCCCCAGCAGCGCCCCUUUUGUUUUUUUUUCAGUUGGCCCAACUUGCACCAGAUUCGGCCCAUAGAUGUUUUUUUUAGUUCUGCAAAUUUACUAAAUUUCCUUCACAUGCAUAAUUACAGAAUAUGCCAUCAUUUUAAAAAUGCUCACACCUAAAUAACCGUGCAUCGGAUUUAAACAAACUUAACAUGAAAGUUGCUUAGAAUUUUGUGUAGUUUCAUAAUAUGUCAUUUUCAUCCAUGUUUAAAAUGUUUAAAAUGCUGUUUGUGUAAUUUUUGCCCAUAUGCCAUGCUAAAAUGAUUUAAUUCAUAACUAUUUAACCGUACCUCCAAAUUUAAUAAUCUUUAUAUGUAUAAAUGGGGUAGAAAAAUGUCUA